AAGAGGAUCGCCGCUCCGAGACUCGAUUCGCGACUUCAGUGGCCUAGAGAAGCCCGAGACCGGCGAACGACAAUUGCUGCAAUCGUAUGAGGGGAAUUAGGACCGAGCCACUGAAAUAUGCUUUUUAGAAUAAGCGACAGCAUUGCUCUGAAUACUUUUCUUGAUUUCUAAUUAAAAUUAUUUAUUGUUAUGCAAGGAUAUAACAUACCAAAAAGAUGAUUGAGGACUUCAACCUGAGCAGGAGAGGCGAGCUUUCCACUAAAGCAAACGCAGACGGAUUACAGUACAUAGGUUUAAUCUGAUUUCCGCUUGAUUUUGGAUUAUAUCGGAUGUUUUCUUUGGAAUGGAGGGUCGUGAUUUCUCCGCUCCAGCACAUCUCCUUUCAGAGCGGGCCACUCUAGUGCAUCGCGCCGCCUCUCGCAUCUCCUCCUCCGGCCACGGCUCUGUGCAACAUGCACCUCAUUUUCCAGCCGGGAAAUAUUAUCCAUCUCACUUACCGAUGGCGGCGCAUUCAGGCAGUGGACUGAUGGGAAACUCCUCAACCACCUUCAUGGGGACGUUCCUGGCCAGCAGUCUAGGCUCUCCUCCCUCACACCCACCACACCCCUCCAGACCACCGUCCUCUCCCUCCUCUCCUCCUUAUCGUGGGGGUCCUCACUCCAGCGCCUCUCAGAUCUGGUUCCCCCACUCACAUGAAGUCCCAGGGUAUCCUCGCUUCUCAGGGAGUCUAGCCCACACCUUUCUUCCCAUAAGCCAUUUGGAUCACCAUGCCAACAGUGGGGUCCUCUAUGGACAACAUCGUUUCUAUGAUACACAAAAAGAGAACUUCUAUUUAAGAAGCCUCCCGUCCCAGCCCCCACUCAUCUCAGCCAAUCACAACAUCCAGCCGAUGUCAAGGACAGGAUCCGGACAACCCCAGGGCUCAUGCAGCAGGGACAGAGAUGCAGGAAGUGGGAUGAACCUACAAAAGGGUCUUAAAGAGCCUAGCUUAGAGAGAGGUGUGGUUUCAGCUGCAAAAGAUAAAGACAGACCUAGUAAUAAACAUGAUUCUAAAGACCGCCAUCACCACCAACUACCCCAUCAUCACUCCCAUCAACCCCAGCUCCACCCACAACAUCCAGCCACUAUGGAAGAGAUGAACGGCAGGGGACACAAAGCCACUCUGCCUAUUGAGUAUAAGGAACAUCCACAGAGCAUGGGAAAGCCUCUUAGUGCCUGUUUGCUUAAUGGAAAGAUGCUAAAUGGGGACCAUGGAACAGGGGCAAAAGGCUCCAUGACUACUUACGGUGGGGAUGGGGUGGUUAGAGGUAAUGUAGGGUCCAAUAAUGUCCAAAACAGACACGUGGGAGGUGGCACUAACGGGCACUGUGGUAAAGAGGCGAUAAGUGGGGAGAUGCGGAUCAGUGAACAGCCUCCUACAGACUGUCUGGAGCGAGGUCAGGCUUUGCAGCAUUCUUUGCCCUACUCAGUGCCUCCUCCACUGCCCAUGGCUGCUGGAGGGGGGCAUCCAAGUGGCUUCCACUGUCUGCAGCUCCAUCCUGGCCACCCCCAUCACCCACACCAAAAUCGCCACUCACACCAUCACCCUGACUUUUUCUGCCCUCCACCGCCAGCCCCUAUGGGAAAUCCUUCCUUACAUGAUAAAGGAAUCAAUAAUGGUGGCUGCAGAGACUCCAAAGUGACUGGAGCCACAUUUAUUCCAUCUGUUAACCACCUUGGGGAGAAAACCGGAGGCCCCUUCCAGAUGGGCAACUCUGAGUGCCAGGGGGUUGGGGGCGGAGGGAACAGUGUCAAGGACAAGGCCAUGGGAAGAGGUGUGGUUUCAGCUGCAAAAGAUAAAGACAGACCUAGUAAUAAACAUGAUUCUAAAGACCGCCAUCACCACCAACUACCCCAUCAUCACUCCCAUCAACCCCAGCUCCACCCACAACAUCCAGCCACUAUGGAAGAGAUGAACGGCAGGGGACACAAAGCCACUCUGCCUAUUGAGUAUAAGGAACAUCCACAGAGCAUGGGAAAGCCUCUUAGUGCCUGUUUGCUUAAUGGAAAGAUGCUAAAUGGGGACCAUGGAACAGGGGCAAAAGGCUCCAUGACUACUUACGGUGGGGAUGGGGUGGUUAGAGGUAAUGUAGGGUCCAAUAAUGUCCAAAACAGACACGUGGGAGGUGGCACUAACGGGCACUGUGGUAAAGAGGCGAUAAGUGGGGAGAUGCGGAUCAGUGAACAGCCUCCUACAGACUGUCUGGAGCGAGGUCAGGCUUUGCAGCAUUCUUUGCCCUACUCAGUGCCUCCUCCACUGCCCAUGGCUGCUGGAGGGGGGCAUCCAAGUGGCUUCCACUGUCUGCAGCUCCAUCCUGGCCACCCCCAUCACCCACACCAAAAUCGCCACUCACACCAUCACCCUGACUUUUUCUGCCCUCCACCGCCAGCCCCUAUGGGAAAUCCUUCCUUACAUGAUAAAGGAAUCAAUAAUGGUGGCUGCAGAGACUCCAAAGUGACUGGAGCCACAUUUAUUCCAUCUGUUAACCACCUUGGGGAGAAAACCGGAGGCCCCUUCCAGAUGGGCAACUCUGAGUGCCAGGGGGUUGGGGGCGGAGGGAACAGUGUCAAGGACAAGGCCAUGGAAAAGAUUGGCAAUGGGGGGCAUCAUGGUAACUGGCCCAGGAAACAACAGCAUCAACCUCCAACCCAGCAGCAGCAUCCCUACAGAAAAGCUGAAAAAGCACCUGACUGGAUGCACAACCACAACCACCACCAUCACCUACAGCAACAACAGCAGCAACAGCAGCAGCAAAGCCAUUCCCAGCAACACCAGACUGUGCGCUCCCGCAGUGCUGACUGCAUCAACAGUAUGGAAACAGACAUGUUCAGAUCUACACUUACUCAAGAGUCAAAGACAGUUCAUCCUCUACCCAACCAAACCAACACCAAUUCUCAGCCCUACAGAGACUGCUCACACUCCGGGCCUCCAACCAUUCCCUCACCUCUUGCUGGGAAGACCAUGACUCAGCACACGGGUGGAGGAGGACAUGGAAGCUGCUCUAUGCAGCGAGAUGGACAGAAGGUUGCCCGCAUUCGCCACCAACAGCACAGUAGGGCUGGCCCCGAUACCCCUGGCACAGACAUGGCCCAGGCUAAUGGGAACCAGGAGAUGAAGCGGAAGAUGGAAAUGUCUCCUUACGGCUACAACAACAAUGUGCAGCAUCACCCACAUCAGCAUACAUCAGUGCCACCUUGGGCCAUGCAAUCUCAUCACAUCCGCUCUGAAGAGAACCAGCAUAAAGCUUACAUGGAACCUAACAGUGGAGCUGCCAACAACAGACCACCCACACAACAGCAGCACCAGACGGCAGGAAUGGGUCCUCCUCCUCCUCCUCCCCUUCAUCCAGCUCCUCCUCAAAACCAGCAGGAGAUCACAAGCUCACAGGGAGAGAACAGUGCCAUGAAGAACCUUCUGAAGUACAGCAACCAGCAGCCUCUCCUCCUGUCCCAAAAGAGCCCAUUUGGAGGGCUUGGGAACCUCAAAACAGCAGCUAAUGGCACCAGCUGCUCUAUACAGGGAGGCAAGCAGACCCUACCCUCCAGGAAAGGCCAAAGCCAUGAAAGCGAGAGAGCUGAUUGUGGUGGACGUGGCCGAGAGAUAGGAGAUGUCCCACAUGUAGAGGGGGAGGUGCGACAGCCUCCGGUAGGGAUUGCAGUUGCUGUGGCAAGACAGAGAGAACCUCCAUGCCAAGCAUCAGGCAGCCAUCCCAGCAGCCGACAGGGGCGGGUGCACUCCACCAUGAAAGGCACUCCACGCUCCAUGUAUCCUUCAGAUUCAACUGGAGAAGAGGAGAGGAAAAGGAUGAGCGUGGAACACAUGGGCCACCGGUGCCUAGAGAGAGAACGAGACGUGUAUAUUAGGGAUAACAAGGAAAGGGUCGAAUUGGCACACAUCCAUCCCUCAAACAGUUGCCAUGGUGACCUCACCUCUCACAUCAUGGUGCCAGGUGGAACUUCCAUGCAGUCGAGCCAAUUAGGAGACCCAGCUGCACAUACACACUCUGCUCAUCACCACUGGAUGCCACGUACAGGAAGUCCCUCACUAUGGAUGACAGGUCACUCCUACGGUAUUGGUCACACAGCUCUGCAUCAGAAUCUCCCUCCUGGGUUUUCUGCAGCCAUGCCUGCCCCUCUUCAGCCAGUUCUACCCCUGCCCCAGGACCCCUCCACCCAACUGGUGGUGCUGCCCAGUGAGCCUGCCACACACCCGGCUACUCACCUUGAUGUGAUGGAGCAGCCUGGCCUGUGGCCCCCAGUCUACAGGGCCCGAGCGGCCCACUCCCACAUGCAGCAUCCUGCUGUGUAUCCUCGCUCGCAGUUUCUACGGCAACAAGAGCUUUAUGCUCUCCAGCAACACCAGCAGCUGCAGCAUCAGCAACACCCCAGCCAUCACAUGCCGCCACCUCCAUCACACAGAGUAGCAAACAACAUAGAGCUUCAGCAGAGAGCCACAGCCGACCACAGCCAGGUGCAAAAGAAGCCAGAAGAACAGAGCAUGGAGCUAGAAGACAUUUUGUCUGAACCCAGGACUCCCAAACCUGCUAAGUGCUAUGCCUACGGCCCAUCCAACCAGGCCUCCUCACCUCCCAGGGGCUCCACUGCCCACUUGUCGCCCUGCUGCCAGUCCCCUUGUAUGCGGCCUCACCCUAAAAGCACACCCUCUACUCCCUGCCCCGCCACAAGUCCGGUAGCUGCGACACCCCGCUCACCAGCCAUCAGCCCUUCUCCAUCACAGAUGCCCAAAACUGUUGAGUCCCAGGAAAAGAGAGUGGAAGGGCAGCCACCACAAGACUAUCCUCAAUCCAUGGAGCCUGAUCUGCCACCUGGAUAUACCUAUCCAGAAAUCAACAUGGGAUAUAGGAAUAUCCCCACCACUCAAGACGUACAGCUGGCAGAGCCUGCUGAUCUGGAGGCUGUUCAGACUGAACCUGUUGAGCACCCUCCUCCAGCUCUCUCCAGCUUGGGAGAGGGCCUGGAAUGUCAUGCAAUGGUGAGGCCACUCCGAGAACCACAAGAGCCAACAAUGGACGUUGAUGCCACUAGUCUAGUUGAAGAACAGCCUGAGGGUGUGUUUGUGCAAGGGGAGGAUGUCAAGACAGUCAUGGCCAUGGGCUGCUUUGAACCCAUUGAGGACAAUCAGGAAAAGGAGCAUGCCAAGAUAAUUUGCACACCUGCUGAAGUUUCAGGCUGUGAAGUAGGACAGGUAACUAUCCUAUCGUCUGAGGAAGUAAUCCAUCAAGAAGAACCAAUUGUUAGCUUUGACGAAGAAGUGGGUGAAGAUAUACCUCCUCAAGAGAGUGAAGACAUUGACACACUGAAGGAUCCAAUACCAAUACCACAACCAUGUGUCUCUGAUUGUUCACUCAACCAGCUGCCAAACACCACUGCCCAAGCAGAUGUUGCAGUGGUUACUGAGGAAGAUGAAGUGAAAAUCUGUGUGAAGGUUCCAUCUCCAACAACGAAUAGCUGCUCCCAGAGUCUCACAACAAGUUACUGGAGUUUGGAGCUCCUGAUUGCAGCAGCCUUCUGUGGGGACUGUCCUCCUCCCUCUCCACCUUCCACUUACCAAUCCCAGAGAUACUGUGGCCCACUCAACUCCUCAUAUCAUGGCAUGGAAUUGCUGAGUGAGCUGGCUGAUCUGGAACUGCAACGGUAUCAACAAAGUUGUGGUAAAACUCAAGAAGAUCAAUGGACUUUUGACCUGCAGAGUCUUGCUACUUUGGCAGCAGCACGUGCCCUUGAAUUGGGUUCACAGGAGAGCAGCACCACAGAUGCUGAGAAGCAGUUUCCUGCUCGAAGAACUCUCAACUUGCGCAGAAAAUGCAGCUGGACGCCUCGCCAUGAGCCGGUUUGCCCAGUGAAAGGUACCAUGGACAGUAUGGAUGGGCAGGAGUUGGCGAUGCGAGUGAGGUUAGCAGAGCUGCAACAGCGUUACAAAGAGAAGCAGAAAGAACUGGCCAAACUCCAGAGGAAGCAUGAUCACCAGAAAGAGGAGACUCCUCGCAGUCCAGCACGUCGUGGCCCUGGUAGACCACGCAAACGCAAAUCAGUCCCUGGUCUUGGCUCCGGGCCCCUUAAUGAACCCCAGAAAAAAGUAAAGUUGGUGGGGGCGGGGCUAAGUCCACUAGCAGAGGAGCACCGGGGAGGUGGAGAAUCGCAGAAGAAAAAUAAAAAAUUGUCCAGUCGAGGAUUUGGCCGCCUUAGCUCUACACAGAUGAAGUCACAGUGUUAUCGGAAGAACAGCACCCUUGAUCAACAAAUAACUCAACUCAAGCAGAAGGUCCCAGGUGGACGACAUUCAUCUGGAGCUGCGUCAAGAGACCCAGAGUUUUCCUCUGCAUCUAAGAGCCUGUACUCUGGCCAUAGUAACUCCAAAAGAGAUUCCACACAGCUCAGCACAGCCAAUGAGUCUGAGAGCCUGAGCGAUACAGCCACGAGUGGGGACAGUGGGACACAGGAGUGCUGGAAGAGGCACGAUCCAGUGGCAGUUAAAAAGGAAAGGAAGAAAAGUCCUAGAUCAGCAGCUUGUUUGCAGCAGCCAGGGGCCAGGAUCCCGCAGGGCAGGGGACAGGAAGUGGAUGAGGACGGGGAGACGUCCCCCCCUGAGAGCGAGUCCUCUGAGCAAGAGGAAGAUGAAGAGGAAGGCAGUUAUGGCAGUGAGGACGGCCAAGACAUCAAAGCGCAGACGUUCAGAGAUCUGCCGUUCAGUCCUGCCAUUACAGGCCCCUCAACUUUCUCUGUUGUCAAACUGGAAGCCAAUCAGAAGGCGAAAAUUAAGCGGGAACGACAAGAACUUUAUGGAUCUCAGUUUCGGGCCGUAACAGAUGGGGAUGUGAAGGUAAAACGACGACCCACCUGUAGAUCCGUCCCCAUCACUGUCUCCAAACCACCAGGAGUCAGAAGGCGACCAGGCAGGCCCAGACUGCAGGACAAACGCUGGCCUGGGAUCACAGGCAGGCCGGGUCAUUACAGAAAGAGUAGCAAUCUUCUCUCAUUUCCCAGCAGCAGCAACACUGAGAGGCUAAAGAGAGCCACUCGGAAGAGCUCCAUGCUGAGAGCCACGGAGUUUGACACGGACGGCCAAGCAUUACACACACCACUGAAAAUAACUCCUUUGUACUUUCUGAUCUCUCUCUCCAGCUACAGUAUUGUUAUCGACGGGGAGAGAGGAAACCGACCCAGAAUCUACUCCCUGGAGCAACUCUUGCAGGAAGCCGUACUGGAUGUACGCCCUGACACUGAGGCUGUGCUAAAAGAAGGGACUAGAGUGUGUGCUUACUGGAGUGAGCGCUCACGUUGUCUUUACCCGGGAUAUGUGCAAAGGGGAGGCGAUGAAUCUAAACCUGGUGGGGUUAUGGUGGAGUUUGAUGAUGGAGAUAGAGGGUGGAUCUCUCUCUCCAAUAUUCGCUUUCUUCCGCCAGGUUACCAAAUCCAAUGUGCUGAUUUGAGUCCUGGACUCAUCUCUGAGUGGCAGCUUGACAAAAAUAGCUCCAGGCAAGAAAACAAGACUCUGAGUGAAAGGACAGCAAGAACAGACAGAUUCAAAGCUCAGGAGAAGCCUGUCAGAAGACCAGGGAGGCCUAAAGGUUCAGGGCUAAAGAAGUCUCUCUCAGACAGUGUAGCCAAGAGCUCAGCACCUGCUGUGACAUGGCCAUCAGUGGCUGCACCCAGGAAGAGAAUGCCUGUUAACUUUUUCCAGCUCAGUGGCUCAGCCUCGAAGAAGGCCUUGAAAGGCAGGGUGGCGGAAACAUCUUCUCGACCUUCAGUCUCCAUGACGACACCAACCAAAGGCCUCUUUAGCAGUAGCUCCUUUGAGGUCGACUCCUUCAGCAGCAUAGCUAAUGGUUAUUCAUCCUUUGGCAGCCAGACAUCUGGGAUUUCACUGGAGGGCAAGAACAGUUCUUAUGGUCAAAAGAAGAGGACUGAGGAGCCAGCACCACCUCGGGGCAAGAAAAACGAAUUUCUAAUCAAAUUGGACCAUGAAGGAGUAACAUCUCCAAAGACUAAAAACAGUAAGGCUCUCCUGUUGCUGGGAGCCUCAGGAUUUGGCUCCAAUAGGGUGGGUGGUUUGCCCAGGGCAGAGGCUUACUCACACCCAGUUCUGCUGGUCAAGGACAACAGGAAAGGAGACGGCUCACGAGCAGAGCUCCUACUGAAAGGGACAGCAGUCCAGAGGAAGCCCUCACCAUCAUUGCGCAUGAGUGAGUAUGGAGACUUGAACCUUGGCUGCCACAGGGACUGCCACAGCUCUUACUCAGACAUGGAUGAGGAAGAGGAAGAAGUGGAAAGGAGGACGGGCCGUGCUGCACUUGCUCCUGCCUCUGUAGGUUUGAGAACAGCUGGCCGUUUUCUCUCACGCAUCUCGGUCUCCUCGUCUUCCUCAGGUUCUUCCAGCUCUUCCAGCUCAGGCUCUCUCUCGAGUUCCAGUCUGUGCUCUUCUGAAAAUGACUCAUCUUACAGCUCGGAGGAUGAGGAAAGCUGCUUGACCCCCCACCAUUCUUUGCUCCAGACCCCUGAACCCCCUGUGGGACCCCCACGGCACUCCUUUGUGGCCAAAGCUGUGGCAGUGUCCAGUGCCAAAGGUGGGCAUGGCAACCACAGUACUAACAGCAAGCCACAGAAGAGGAAAGAGUAUCCCAGUUCACUCUCCAAAACCCCUAAAGAUCUGGUUAAGAGGCAACGGCUUCUAGCAGACCAGACCAAACCCAGAGUGUCAACCAUCCUGCCAUCUAGACAGCUGUGGAGGUGGUCAGGAAACCCCACUCAACGCCGUGGACUUAAGGGAAAGGCCCGGAAGCUUUUCUACAAGGCCAUAGUGCGUGGCAAGGACAUGGUGCGGGUAGGAGACUGUGCUGUGUUCCUUUCGACUGGGCAGCCUCAUCUGCCUUUAAUCGGCCGCAUUGAGAGUUUCUGGGAGUCAUGGCAGAGCAGCAUGGUCGUGAAGGUCCAGUGGUUCUACCACCCUGAAGAAACCAAGCUAGGCAAGAGACAUCGUGAUGGCAAGGAACAUGCUCUGUACCAGUCAUGCCAUGAGGAUGAAAACGACGUCCAGACAAUCUCUCAUAAGUGUCAGGUGGUCACACGUGAGGAAUACGAGCGAUUGACCCGCAACAGGAAGUCUGAUGGGAGCUAUCAUGACCUGUACUACCUGGCCGGCACUUACGACCCCACCAGUGGCCAGCUGCUCACUGCAGACGGGAUGUCCAUACUCUGUUAGCACUGGACUUGCAUGCCUGCGUAUACUACUGAGUUGUCUUUGGUCCAAGUCAGAGAUGUUGCACUGCAAAUAAGAGGCUGAACUUUCCGACAGAGGACCAGGAAGUAGAUUACCACACUCACACCCAUAAACUCUACUCCGGGGAGAUAUGUGCAUGCUCCUCCUAGCGAUACCUUACAGUACAGUAGAUCCAGUUUGUCCAUGGUCCUAAUUCUCUUCCGAGGUUUUCUAAUGGGCAUAUUGUGGAUCUAAUUUAUGAACUGUUACCUGAUCUUAGAUCACCAAAGCAAAACUCUUGGUUUGGAGAACAUGGCGGAUGUUUAUGAAGACUUGAGCCAUGUUGUAGGCAGUGGCGGUGUGGGGUGCUCUCCGCACGUCACUUUCAUGAUUCCAGGGAUAUUUAAGUACAUAUAGAUCUAAAUAUAUAUUAAGUUCCUUUAUGUAUAUAUAGGGAAGUAUUUCCUUUCAAGCCAUACACUUCAGUACCUCUUAACAUGUCUUUUUAUUCAGGUGUAGAUUGUACAGGACAGGUUGCUGGUGUUUUCUUUGUUGUUGUCUAUAUGUAAAUAUUCGAAGCUAUUUUAUAUAAGUGUAAUGCUUAUCUUACCAUGUUCUAAUUGAUUUAUUUUUGUAUAAGUGGGUGAUAAAGUAGUUGUUGAUUUCUGUGAGAGGGUGGACUGCUGAUGUAUGCAUUGCACUGCACACGGCCUGCUGAUACAGUGAGAGCGGAGUCGUUCCUGCCCUGCUUUCUCUUUCAGGGAGAGGGGUUACACAGGGCUCCAUCCUUUUAUUGGCUGCACUUUGGGCAUUUGUUCCUCUAAUGUCUUACUUCAUUUUUUUUUUUCUUUUUUGGUUGCUUAUGUUAGCAGACUCAAAACACUUUAAUGUUAAAACAAAGGGAAACAAGUAUUGACUCCUUAAAAUGGUUCCAUAAAUUUGACAUCCAGUGGCUAAAUUUAAACAGUUUUUUUUAAUUAGUGUACAAAAAAGGAGAGUAAAAUGGUGAUCCUCAUAAAGAAAUGUCCAGGUCAUAUUUCAUAAAAUCAGGAAGAAAUCACAAAGUCCGAUAUUAGGGCUAUUUGAACCGACGCAUAGUGACAUUAAGCACAAUGUCACUUUCAGUACCAUAAUACAGUAAUGAAAAUCAGAAGAUCUGCCUAGACACAAUGAUUUUUUGUUCUUGGCCUAAUUUGUGAGAUUCACCUUAAAUACUGGUAUAUAAUACUAGAAGGACAUGAAAAAGAAUUCUGGCAUGUGUUAUUACUGUAUCUGAUGCAUUUUCAAAUGCAUCCUGCACUGUAUCAUUCGCUUUUUACUGCAUUUUUAAAUUGAGCUCCCGUCAAAAUGUAUUUUCUAUUAAUGGUGAAAUACACCUGAUUCUUUAUCUUAGUAUCCCAGGGUCAGGACACUAAAAGCAAGGGAUUGUUAGAGCACUAGGCACAGCUGGAGUACUUAGAGAAGUUGGCGUACAGUCAGAUUGUACUCCAUGCACUCAUUUUUUCACUGUGAGGGACAAUCGCAUUCAUGCAUGAAGGAGCAUCCACUGUUUGAAAGGCUGACACAAUCAUAGCAUUCUUCUUUUGUGCCAAAAAUAGUCAUUUCUGAUUAUGCAAUCUUCACUGUAUUGUACAAGUAUUAUAAUUUUUUUUAUGUUGUUGUUUUAUCAUUAGUGUUUAUUUAUUGCCAGUGUUACUGUUUCAUUACAAAACCAAUAGAUCAUGAUGAAGAUGUCUUAUUUGCUGGGAUCUGUUUGACCCAAAAGUGUCGUACUAACGUGCAUACGGCUUGAGCUACAGUCAGACCUUCACCUCUUGCCACCCCAUUAACAACAUCUUCAGCCCUGCAGGGGAAGUGACGUUGUUCACUGACCCUCUCCGUUUCCUGACCGUUCACCCCCAUCCUUUCAGAUAUACAAAUGAACUUCUAGAGUCUCCCCAAUGCCGCAUUUGACCUUGUAAUUUGCUUAUUUGAAGUAGCACACUUUUCUUACUGCCGGAGUAUAUAGUAUGUAUAUUCUGUAUGUAUAGAAUACCUGGAUGGCCUACUACAUUGCCAAAAUGUGCAGUAUACAUAAAGCGUGGAAUUCUGUAUCCCACAAUGCAAUGCGCUCAACUUGACCUUCCAUUUUCAGUGUGACGAACGAACAAGCAUCAGCUCUCGUUUUCCAGACUAAUUAUUUGAUCAAAAUGCCAAAUUGUGAAUUACACAUAAAAUUGGACUUUUAUUUUCGAUGAUUUUUGCAAACUAGGCAGUAAACAGUAUAAACAGCACAGUAUAAUACACCGCUAUUCCAUUUUGAACAUAGCCUGGACUUAUGACUUGUUCCCCAUUAAUAGUUGGACAUCGUAUUUCCAGUGUGAUUGAUAUUUAGGAUGUUAGGAUUUGUUUAGAUUUGUUUAACUCCUCUUGUAAUCAGAGCUAGGUUUAUAUAAAAGGUUGGUGUGUGUGUGUGUGUGUGUGUAUGUGUGCCUUUUUGUACUCUGCCUUUACGUUUGACUGUUUUGACAAAAGAGGGCACUGGAUAGAGUUGUGAAUGUACUUAGCAUACGUUAAGCAUGCAUAUUAUCUAAGGACCUGUCUGUAUGUCGCACAGCUCUAGUGGUUACACACAGAUUCAGAGUUGCUGUUGGUUACAAUCUCCUUUUAAAUCAGGGGAGAAACUUAAUUAGUGUUCCCAAAUGAAGGUCAAAGGUGUUUUGUUUGCGUAGGGAACAAGGGUAUUCAGGUCAGCACGUCUGAUAUGUUACAAGAGCAGGUCACUUGUUCAUGGCAAAGGUGCAAUACUACUUUGGCUAAAUAUUUGAAUGGCACUCAGCAUUUCUAAGCUUUUUGCAAAGGCUGGUGGGUAACAGGAAGUGAUGAGGAGGACGCAGGAACGUCUGUCCUAUUAAGCAGCUUUCUUUAAAUGCCGCAAGGCAUGUACUUAAUAUUCCGCUUGUCCAAGAAUCUCUGAUAAAUGAGAUGUUAUAACUUUGUUAAAUGAAAAAGUAUGUAUAUCUUUAUAUGUUUAUUUUGUUCCAUUAUAUAUAUUUUUUCCUC